ACUUGAAUUUCAUUAGGAGGGCGGCGAUUGGUCCACAUUGGACGGCUGUCUUCUGCAAGCAUGCAGGUGAGAAGAAAUAUGAGGUGAGCCCGCAGAAGAUUGGCCAAAAAUGGCUAACUUAUUCGAGAAGCUGUCCUUACAACGACAUGGCAAGGAUAGUGACAGUUCAGGGAACGAACAGGAUGGACAGGGUGAAAGAGAAAACCUUGACAGUGAGGAAAAUGCGAGCGUUGAUUCUGACAAUUUGCUGCAGUCCGAAAACAACAUGGAGGGCGAAGGCAGCAUGGGGGAGGGCGAGACGUUGUUUGAAGAAGAAGAAGAAAUUCCGGCCCUACCCCACGAAGACCCGGGCAGGAUUUCUGAGGCCAUGAAGAGCUUCACUAUUCCACGGAAGAGAUCUGUGCGAAAAGAACUGCUGGAGGAGAUCUCCCUGACGUCCCGUGAGUUCACCCAUGAGCUGCUCCCUCAGAUGUCCCUGUGUUACAGGGAUCCAGUCAUGAAGAACAAGAUCAAACACCUCAAAAUCUACAUGGUUCACAACCAGGAGCUAGUCAAGGAGUUCCAUGAGAAGAGAAGAGAGAUGAAGGGGGAGGGCAGGACAGACAAAGACCUGACAGAACAGCUAUGUUUCCUGUGUUUGGACACCUUUGAAGAUGCCCAGAAGGUGUGUCAGACAGGACUGAUGGUUGGGAGCAGCUUUCUGUCCAGCCUAGGACAUCCUAACAUGGGUGUGUACGUGUCCAGGUAUGCAGAUAUCAUCAAGCCUGGGCCCCUUAUAAAUGGCACAAAGGGAUUCCUUGUCAUCUUCAAAGUCAUCAAGGGGAAGAUGAAGUCAGUGGUUGAGAACAACUCCUGGAAUUUCACAGAGCCAACACCAAACUUUGACUGCCAUGUGUCCAAAGCAUUGGCUGAAAUAGGGAGCCUUCAACCUAACCAGGCCUUCCAUGCAGCACAGUACUACUUGUAUGAGUUUGGAGACCUGGACAUGCUGAAGCGCCCUCGACAUGUCCUUCCAUACGCUGUGGUGCAGUUUGAAGUGUUUGGGGGGUCCCAAACCUUCCCCCUCAUGGCUUCAUCAACACAGACAAGGUUACCCCAGAGACCACACCCAUCCUACCCACCAGCCAGUACACCAAGACCCUCCAGUAUGUCUCAUGCGGGACCAUCCUACCCAAGCUACCCCUCAGCACAGACUGUAGAAGCUAGGAGACCACAAAUGGAUCUGACAGAGGAGGGUUAUGAACUGUGGACAGGUCAGCUUGUGAACAAGGAGAAUCCUGUGUGCGAGAUCCAGCUACGGUCACCCACGUGUACUCUCCUGCCCAUACAAAUGGAAGAGCAGAUCUGUGUAAGUGGCAGGAUUCCCUUCCAUAAGCUACAGAAGAACCUGCCUUGUCCCAUCUUCACCAAGCUGCCCAAGGUGUCAACUUACAGGGAAGUUCAUGUUGGUGACAAACACUUUAUCUACUGUGAAGUGAAGGCUUUGCUUGAUGUUGAGAACAAGCUGGUCUCACUGCUUAACUUCAUGGAGAAGAGAAAAGAGGCUUGUGUAGCUGUCCUGCCGGAGGGAGUGCAGCUGCUCCUCUUCCCCAGCUGUCAGAUGGCACAAGACUUAGGUAUCAUUGACCCCAAUUCCCCCAUGAUGCUCCAUGGGUUGUUUGUGUCGCCUACCCCUAUGCUGGGUUCCCUCAGAGGCUUCUUUUGCUCACGUGUUGUCUGCAUCUUGAAGUAG